AUGCUCAAGUUCACCGCAACUCAAAGGACAACAACACCGACACGUUACUUCUCCCCUCGCCGCAAAGCCGCAUCUCCCAGUAACCCAACGGCCCCAAGCCAGAAGCAGUUGACUCAGCAUGCCAUCUCUCACCCCGAUGAUCCCCCACGAUCUGACAACCCGUACGACGAGACCGGUGAACCUCCACAGGCCCUGCACCCAAAGCAUGCUGCGUAA